CUAGCUCCAGGCCCAGGUGAGGUCGCACACACGGGACCAGCCGGCGGCGCAGCCAAGCCAGUCAGUGGAGCGGCGGCAGCGGCGGCGCGAGCUCUGUCUCCGGGGAGAAACCGAGGGGCGACGUCAGCGAGUGAGCAGCGGCCACUCCGUGCGUUGCGCGGUGGGGAGGCAACUCCGUGAGCUCGUCUUCGUGCGGCCGCCGGCGGUUUGCCCCUCAGCUCGCCGCAAACUCUAUUUCCGGGGAGAGGCGACGCCGGCGACACCGGAGGUCGAUUUUCGACAGGCCAUGUCGGCCUUCACCGGCGUGUCCAUCGCCGACGGCUACAAGCGGUGCGGCUGCGAGACGCUGGCCGUGGACGCGCGCGGGGACAGCGGCUACCACCUGCUCAUGGUCAACGGCUACUCGCGCACCAAGGAGCUCAUUCCCACCGGCCAGAGCAUCACCGCCAACUCUUUCAAUGUGGGAGGCCAUGACUGGUUGAUCGAGUACUACCCCAACGGCGAGAACCCGGGCUGCGCCGACUACAUUUCGUUCUUUCUCAACCUUCUCUACGACACCGAUGACGACAACCAUGAAGUGCCCGUGGAGGUCAGGUUCAGUUUCAGCCUGGUUGACCAGGUGGAGAAGCAGAUGCCGACGUACAUUCGUGCGACCGGUGAAACCCGCAGCUUCUCCAGCACCACUUCAAUCUGGGGCAGCGACAGGUUUAUCAGAAGAGACGCCCUUGAACACUCAGCAGAUCUCAAGUGCGAUUGUCUCACCAUCCGCUGCGACGUCGUGGUCGUCAGCAACAGCAGGCUUGAUGAUGAUGAUGAUGCUGGUGGCCGUGGCCAUGGUGGCACCAAAGCAGCGCUCCUGCUGCCGGACAUACACCAGCAUUUCAAGAGCCUCCUUCAAAACAAGGUGGGCGCCGAUGUGGCAUUCCAGGUCGGCGGCGAGACCUUCCCCGCACACCGGUGUGUGCUUGCUGCCCGGUCCACGGUGUUCAUGGCACAACUCUUUGGCCCCAUGAAGGAGGCCUCCAACAGUAACAGUGUCAUACAGAUCAAAGACAUGGAACCAAAGGUGUUCACCGCUCUGCUUAGCUUCGUCUACACCGACUCCUUCCCUGACAUGUACGAGGACAAGAUUAAGUUGAGUGAACUGUGCAAAGAUACGAGACAAGGACAAGAAGAUGAGAUGUCGGAAGCUGUGGGCCAAGGUCAAGAUGGGGAAGCGGCAGAGGAUGAAGUGGAGUUGCUGCAAUGGCUGCAAGGCUUGUUUGUGGCGGCAGACCGGUAUGAUCUCCAGCGGCUCAAGUUCAUCUGUGUAAAGCAGCUGUCUCAGCGCAUAGGUGUGAGCUCUGUGGCAUCCACUCUUGCUCUAGCCGAGCAGCACCACUGUCGCGGGUUGAAAGAGGCGUGCUUGAAGUUUAUCCAAGUCCAAUCUCCCUCGCGUCUGCAGAGACUAAUGGCAAGUAAUGGCUGGGGGCAUAUUGUCACGACCUAUCCCUCUGUUUUGAACGAGCUCAUCGCCAUGCUUGCUUCGAACCAGAGGAAGUAACACUCUGGAUACGGGAAGAAGAGCAGUGUUGCAUUCACUAUGUUUCUUUCAACGGAAGCACUAUGUUUAUGUCGCAGAAGACUAACCAAGGUAUGUAUGCUCCGGCUCCUGCAGAAGAGAAGAAAAGAGAAGAAUACUUGGGAUUGCUUGGCCGGAAUGUUAUACCAUGGACGAUCUUUAUCUAGUUACGGUGCUGUGAUGUAUAGUAAAAACUGGCUCCCUGUGCUGCUUUGAUGCUGUAAUGUCGUAAAAUGCUUCUUCUUCCUAUGGUGUGCAAUUAAAAGGCUAGCUAGCGGUUUCUGUCAGAAACUCCUGGGCAAUGCGUAUGUAUUUUCCUUCCAAUGUUUGCUGGGUAUCAGAAUGUCAGUUUGCAGUGGAGGUGCUUAAUUUUAUCUUUGAACUGACAUUUGUUACCAAUGUUGACACCCUGCUGCUGCAGAUUGCACUUGGCCAUCACAUCACAUCACAGGAUCUCAUCUGACCAUCCAUCCAAACUGAUGGCCAACAGAUUCAUUCCUGGAGCUGCCUGUUUAUGUGCUACUUACAAUCAUGUAAAUUCUAUCGUUUCAGGGAAUGAUAAAUUCAAUUAUUUUCAUUUACCUAUUUUUUUAUUGGAUACCUGGAAACCAUUAUUUUCUCUGAAUUCGAUAAAUAUACAUACUGUAAUGUUUCUUUCC